GGGAAUUGGCGGCGUUUUGUAGGGACUUGAGCACCUGAAUGCAUGUUUACAACAGAAAAAAGUGCCCUUAGUGUGGACUGGGGCUGGGGGAGAGCAAGGUGAAUGUGCCGUUUUGAAACCGAAGGACGGGAAACGCUGCCUCGCUGUCCCCAGAGGAGCGCGGCCCGUGGCCCGCGGCGCGGCCGCCCCAGGACCGUCCGGAGGGAACAUGGCGGCGCCCGGCGUCCGGAGCCGCAGCCUCGCGGGCCUGCUCCCGGCUCAGACCUCGCUGGAGUACGCCCUGCUCGACGCCGUCACCCAGGAGGAGAAGAGCAGCCUGGUCUACCAGUAUCUGCAGAAGGUGGACGGCUGGGAGCAGGACCUGUCAGUGCCCGAGUUUCCGGAAGGGUUAGAAUGGCUGAACACGGAGGGGCCUAUUUCUGUUUACAAGGACCUGGGCGGAAAAGUGGUCAUCCUUGAUUUCUUCACCUACUGCUGCAUAAACUGCAUUCACCUACUGCCUGAUCUCCAUGCCUUAGAACACACCUACUCGGAUAAAGAUGGUCUUCUGAUUGUUGGUGUUCACUCGGCUAAGUUUCCAAAUGAAAAAGUCCUGGAUAACAUUAAGAGUGCUGUUCUUCGAUAUGACAUCACCCACCCUGUGGUUAACGAUGCAGAUGCCAGCCUUUGGCAAGAACUGGAGGUGUCCUGCUGGCCAACUGUGGUCAUACUUGGACCCCGUGGAAACAUGUUGUUUUCGUUGAUUGGAGAGGGACACAAAGAGAAAUUGUUUUUGUAUACUUCAAUAGCUUUAAAGUAUUACAAAGACAGAGGACAGAUCAAAGCUAAUAAAAUUGGAAUAAAACUCUAUAAAGAUUCUUUGCCACCUUCACCAUUGCUGUUUCCUGGCAAAGUAACAGUAGACCAUCUUUCUAAGAGAUUGGUAAUAGCAGACACUGGACAUCAUAGAAUUUUGGUCGUCUGGAAGAAUGGACAAAUUCAGUACAGCAUUGGAGGACCCAAUCCUGGAAGAAAAGAUGGAAUAUUUUCAGAGUCAACUUUUAAUUCACCACAGGGUGUAGCCAUAAUGAACAAUAUCAUAUAUGUGGCAGAUACUGAAAACCACCUUAUAAGAAAGGAUAGUUCAGAGGUCCAAAGAGAUGACAUUCUGUGGAUAGCCAUGGCAGGGACUCAUCAGAUAUGGGCACUCCUACUGGACUGUGGCCGACUACCAAAGAAAAAUGACUUAAAAAAAGGAACCUGCCUUCGGUUUGCUGGAAGUGGAAAUGAAGAAAAUCGAAAUAAUGCAUAUCCUCACAAGGCAGGUUUUGCCCAACCUUCAGGUCUCUCUCUGGCCUCCGAAGAUCCCUGGAGCUGUCUGUUUGUAGCUGAUAGUGAGAGCAGCACUGUGAGAACCGUUUCACUGAAAGACGGAGCAGUGAAGCACCUUGUAGGAGGAGAAAGAGAUCCCAUGAACUUAUUUGCUUUUGGUGAUGUUGAUGGAGUAGGAAUCAGUGCAAAGCUUCAGCACCCCCUUGGAGUAACGUGGGACAAGAAAAGGAAUUUACUUUAUGUGGCAGACUCAUAUAAUCACAAGAUUAAAGUUGUGGAUCCAAAAACAAAACAGUGUACAACAUUAGCAGGAACUGGAGAUGCAAGUAAUGUCAGUUCCAGUUUCACCGAGUCGACCUUUAAUGAACCAGGAGGCCUGUGUAUUGGAGAGAAUGGCGAGUUACUAUAUGUAGCAGACACAAAUAAUCAUCAGAUUAAAGUGAUGGAUUUAGAAACAAAAACGAUUUCUGUGCUCCCGGUCUUCAGCUCUGGAAAUGCUGUGGUAGAUGGCCCGUUCCUAGUAGAAAAAGUAGAAAAACAGACAGUACCCAAACUACCGAAAUCAGCUCCCGCUGUUCAACUCCCCCCCGUGGCUGCAUCUCCGGGACAGACUCUGCAGUUCCAGCUGAGAUUAGACCUCCCGUUAGGAACAAAGCUCACUGAAGGGGCACCCAGUUGCUGGUUUCUAACAGCUGAAGGCAAUGAAUGGCUUCUUCAAGGACAGGUGCCAUCUGGCGAAAUAGAGAACAUCGCCAGUCAACCAACCAUCUCACUGCAGAUUCCUGGGAAUUGCUUGUCACCUGAAGCCGUUAUAUCUGUCAGCGUGUUUCUUUAUUACUGCAGCGCAGACAGCAGUGCCUGUAUGAUGAAGGGAGUUUUGUUCAGUCAGCCUUUACAGAUAAGCGAUGCACAGCAAGGCUGCACAGCUCCAGUAGAGCUCAAGUACGCGUUUUAGCAAGCAAGCUAGCAACCGGUCUCCACAGCCGUCUGUUCUCCAUCCUCACUGUCACUGUAACUUAUGACAAGAAACUUCACUCCUGCCUCUGGAUACCAAGAAACCCACUGCUCAGUUCUAGCAGCUGAUAGUAAAGUACAGCUAUGCUCCUUAUUUAAUUAUUUAUUAUAAGCAAAUUCCUUCGUUCUGGCUGUACCAACUAAGUCACUGACUAUUGUCUGAACUAUGUUGUUGUAAUCUGUGCUGCUAUUUGACACAUGACUUAAGUCCACACUUAUAGUAUAGAGUAUUAUCAUGAGAUAAUUUGCAGUGCUUGCUGAUAACAAUGAUAUCAAAUAUUUUAACUAACUUUUUCUACCUUUAUUAAUAGCGAGCAGCACACUUAAAUGUGUAAUUUCACAUAACUUUAAAGAGUACCCGAGAUCCAGUCCACAUGUUCGUAUAAGGACACCUGACAUUCAGGGCAUAAGGUCUGUUCUAAGCCUCUCCCUCCCCCCAAAAUCUUUCCUCAGAGUAGAAGCUUAGAGGACCUGGGUGGUAAAUGUGUUCUUCGUUCUCUUCUGCGGUUUUCUCAGUUGAAAUACAUUGAAAAGAGAAUUUCUAUUUUUAUUAUGUUACUUGCUCUUCUAACUUACCAUUGUUAAUGCCUUACAACUCUAUACAGAAAAGUCUCUAAGGACAUACAGACUCACUCCCUGAACUGUUUCCUGAAUAAACAACCUUACCAGGUAAUGAAUGAGUCCUCAGAAAUAGGACUUUCAAGGAGAAAGGAUUUAGAGUCACAUUCCUGUGAUAUUUUUUAAUGAUAAAGAAUUGUGACAGCUGAAUCAUGGUCUGUUUUAGAAAUUCACAUUUUAUGUGUAGGCAUUAAAUGCAGAUUUGUUGGGUUCCAGGAUUUUCAGGUCCCAUAUUCAGAAUUUAAGUUAACGAUCAUUUAUUGUGAUAUUUUUUAAAAUUACUUCUAAGCCUUCAAAGUGAAUUCCAUGUAAUGCACUUUCAUGCUAUUAAUAUGUAUAAUAUAUAUCCUAAUAUGUUACUCUUUAAAAUAUUAAGGUUGAAACAUACAGGGAUUUGAUAACACUUGGGUUUUUUUUAACCCCAAAAGAUAUUGAAAGUUUUUUUUUUAUCAUAAUAUCUCUUUAUAACUAUUUAAAAGCCUAUUCUUAUUUUUACUAAAACUGAUUCAACAGGCUUGUGGUUUAAUCAGCUUACAAGUUUUUUUAAAAUCAGAUGAACCACGUUCAAUAAAUAUUUAUAGACAGUAUCCCUUUCCCCCUUCAAAAACAGUGCUAAAAUUUGAAAUAUCUUUUAAGCACCACCAUCUACCUAUUUUCUUAUAUUUUUUUGAAAUAUAAUUGAACAUCCUACCUCUCUUUAUUCAGGUUACCUAAAUCUCUGCAGUAAGGAAAUGCACAGAUUAGGACUUGGACUUCAUUUGUAACCUGCUAGUGCUAUUUAAAGAGAGGUAGAAAUGUAAAGAAUUCUGUUUAAAAUUAUAUGUAUUUACCUCAUAAACCUUUCCUCAAAAUAAAAAAAGUUCUAUAAUAAAAGGCAAAUAGGCCAUGACCAUUUUUUAAUACCAUUUGAUUAUGAUACAUCUCAUUGCCAGUUGGAUAGGAUGAGAAUAUUUUUACUUUAUCUUUUCCUAUUUAAGGAUAUAAACUGUUUCACUCUCUAAAAUAAGUUUAUACAAUUUUAACUUGAUAAUCCAGAUAUAUCUGCUAAUAAUUUUUUAACAUUGUACACAGACAUAUUGUAUGCAUUUUCAUGUACAUUAAAAACCCAAAAAUAUUUGUUUAGACAGUGUUUUAGGUUAGUAUUUGACUUUCAAAGUACAGUUUUAAUGAACAUUCUUAUUCUUACCCAGCCACCAGCCUGCAUUGUUUUUUCACAUUCCAAAUAUUUAUAUAAUUAGUAGGAUUUUUUGCAAAUCAUACUAAAGCAAUAGAAAUAACUUCCUAGAAUUUGUGACUAACAUAAACCUCUUACAUAGAGGAAGUAUGAGAAGGUUUAUUUUUAAAAAUUUCUUGAUCCUUGUCUGUUUUCUGUUUACUAUAGGAAUGUGUAUAUUUUUAACUUUUGCUUUUCUCCUGCAUAAAUGAUGAUAACCAAUGUAAGUCACCUUAAUCAUGAUGCCAGGGGAGUGGCAUUACACACACUUUGACAUAAUACCUGGAAUCUUUGCCCUAAAUUAUUCUACUGGUUUGCCACUAUUUAUAGCAUUUCACAGAUGGUAGAAUUUUUUUUCUGCAUUUAUACUUUGGAUUGACAUGAUCCCUGAAAAGAGUUUUGCUAAUCUUGAAUAUGCUGUCUCAAGCAAAUAUUUAACAACUAUUCACAAGGGAAAAGUUGAUAGUUUAAUCACCCGUAAGUAUAACUUUGGCAAAGUUCAUUGACUAAAAAAAUUUUCUCCUUAACUAUUAUAAUAAUAUAUUUAGUUAUAGUAUUGUCAGGCUGGAGAAAACUAUAAAUCUUACAGCUACAAAAGGGGUUUAAUAUGUGUGGAUGAUUGUAUGUAUAUGUAUAUAUGUAUGUGUAUAUAUAUACACACACAGAUACAAAGAUCAACUCAGGAAUUUCUCACAGAAGUUUCUCUUAUGGCCAAUAUAUUUUUGAGCUCUAUAACACCACUGAAAUAAGAUAUUUUCUGCUUGUUUCUCCAUAGUUAAAAAAUUGGGAAAGAUAUUGAAAAUACUAUUGCUGUAAUAUAAUAAUUGUCUGCUUAUACAAAAGUUACCCUUAGUUUAUAUCUUCAAUUAAACUAUGUUUAAUUGAAAUUAAAAAAUGUUCAAUCUAACCACUAUAUUGGCAUCAUAGUUAAGAAUCAUCAUCAAGAAUCAACGAAAUUCUGCCCUGGCUGGUUUGGUUCAGUGGAUAGAGCGUCAGCCUGCGGACUGAAGGUCCCCCGGGUUUGAUUCCAGUCAAGGGCAUGUACCUCAGUUGCAGGCUCCAUCCCCAGCCCUGGUUGGGGCGAGUGCAGGAGGCAACCAAUCAGUUGUCUCUCACAUUGAUGUUUCUCUCUGUGUGUUUCUCCCCUGUCGCUCUCUUUAAAAAUCAAUGCAAAAAUAUCCUCAGGUGAGGAUUAACAACAACAAAAAAAUAACCUAAAUUCCAUAGUUCACAAUUGCAUAAAAAUGUAUGCAGAGGAACUAUGUCAACUUAGUUUUUCUGAAUGGUGGAAUUAUUGAUAUUUUUAUUUUAAUUCUACUUUUGUGUUUUUUCAGAGAACAAUGUGUUAUUUAAAAAACAACUGGAAAUGUUUUUGAAAGAUUUUAAAUGAGCUAAAUAGUAAGCACUUAUUAUAUAAUAACUUUUCUUACCAAAGAUCAAAACAUAGUUUAGUGCUCUUGGAUCUACCAAUUCUAAGUAUGUGACUCAGUGAAGACAGAAGUGAUUGUGGCUUUUUCUGCUGGUGUUUUGCUGUGUAGUGGGAUGUAGUGGUUAAGAGCAGGGACUUUGCAGUCACUGGAUUUAACCCUAUAAAAUGGGGCUACUACCCCUGUCUCAUGGGGCUGCUCUAAGGAUUCAAUGAAAUAGUAUUUGUAAAGCAUUUAGUAAUUAAUGAAGCUGUUAGUUAUUGAUUUAGUUAGUAAUAAUUUAUGACCAUAAACAAAUGACAUUAUCUCUGCAACCACAAUUUCUCUACCAACUAUCUGAUAUGUUAAUAUUCACCAGAAAUUGGGAUUCAAGAUGAGAAAUCCAGUUUUAUAAUAAAGCAUAUUACUCUUUUAUAAACUAUAUUAUAGUUAUAAAGGAACAUAUCUGUAGUUUUUUAAUUUUUAUUUUAAAGACCUUCUAGAACUAAGAGUCAAACUUUUUUUGAGAGGGUCUAGACAUACUCACCCAAAACCACAUCCUUGUAACAUACUAUGGAUGGUGCUUUACAAAAUCUUCAUGCAUUUUGCCUCAUUUGAGCUUCCAGGUAACCUAAGGAAUCAGACAAGUAGAUGUUAUGUCCAUUUUGCAGCAUAGGAAACAGCUUUAGAAUGUCAGUGGCAUAUCAAGGUCAGAUCCCCCAGAACAUGCCUGAUGCUGAUGCUGCAGCGGUGCCUGGCGCCAAUGACUGAACGGGGGUGAUUGGUGGGUCUUUUAUUUAAACACAGGUCUCCUCAUUCCUAGCACUACUCCUAAAUGUAGAGUGAGAAUAAACUGAGCAAUUAGGAGUACUUGUUUCCUUCUGUGAAUGCUUUCUUUAGCCUUUGCAGUAUUUAAGUAAAUAAGGAUAAUAGCUAAAUUUCCUGAGUGCUUGCUAUGUGCCUGGCACUUUUCUAAGUGCUUUAUAUGUAUUAACUCAUUUAAUUUUCACAACCACCUUAUGAGGGAGGUACUAUUUUUUCCUAUUUCCCUGAUGAGGAAACAGAGACACAAUGAAGUUAUAAGCCGUUACACAAACAUAAUAGAUCCCCCAUUUAGGAAGAGGCUGUAUUGCCUCUCAAAGUUGUUGUCUUAAAAACAAAUCUUUCAUAGUUACAUGUAGUAACUAAUCAAUCCAAAGAACCAAAAAAUCCUAUUGGUAAUUGGUUAAAAUUUAAAUUAGCUCUAGCCGAUUUGGUUCAGUGGAUAGAGUGGCGGCCUGUGGACUGAAGGGUCCCAGGUUUGAUUCUGUUCAAGGGCACAUGCCUGGGUUGCGGGCUCGAUCCCCACUGGGGGCGUGCAGGAGGCAGCUGAUCAAUGAUUCUCUUUCAUCAUUGAUGUUUCUAUCUCUCUCCCCCUCUCCCUUCUCUGAAAUUAAUAAAAAAAUAUAUAUUUAAAUUAAAUUCAUUCAAUUAUUUUAGCUUUGGGGAUUUUUCAUUAUGCACUCAUCUUUCAGAGUUUGGAACAAUCUGUAAUUGUUGUUCCCCCAAAGAUUUUCUCUAUCAUUCUCAAAUCCAGAUGCUAUCCACUUUUUCUUGGCAGGUGGGUGUAUUAAAGGAUUGAAUAGCUUUUCAGUGUUCCAACAAUGUCAUUUUAAUUGGUUUUCAAAAGGUAAUUAUAAGACCUUAUCAUAAAGUUUAACUGAAUUUGUAGCACAGAACUGCCUCAAGCCCAAAAUACUCAUUUAUAUUUAAGGAAAUUUUGUUUUAAUAAGCAGAGUGAGCUCUAGAAACAUAAUAUUUGGCCAUUCUGUUAACACACACACAGGUCUCUGCUUACUUCAUAAAUAACACUGUGGUAUGUAGACCCUCUCCUCCAACAGUGACUCAGAUAGAUGCAAUUCCAUUACAGUCAAGUUCUCCCCAGUCAGCCUAUUAUUCCAGCUUAAAGGAAUGGAACAAGUGAUUCAUUGUUAUCCAGGUACAAAAACAUAAACAUCUUUUCAUUGUUAGUUUGUUAAUUUAAAUUAAGCAAUAUUAGAAUUUGUUAAUUUUGCUGAAUCUUAUUUCUAAAGUCCAUAAGGAACUGUACAUCAACUUAAAAGGGUAUUGUUGUCCUUUAGAAGUAGAAUUUCCCCUCUCACUGUUAGUCACCAAGAUUCCUCCUCCUCUUCCUGUGGCACAUAAAGAAUUUAAAUAAAGAAUUCACACUUACCAUAAGUCACUCUUUUUUCCUAAGUAAAAGUUCGCUUUUCCCCCAUUUCCUUGCAAUAGGGUACUAUAACCAAUAGUGUUAAAAGUUAGAGGAUCAGCUAAUCUGCCCCAUGUGUAUGACAUGCCCAGCCAGCCUUGGCUCUUUCCCGUGCUAGAGACUGUGGGUGGGCCUGGCUGCUUUGGGAUUUGCAUCGUCUGACCACAGAGCCUCGGUGCUGGGACAGGAGGCAGCCUCUGCCGGCACCCCUUCCAUUGCUGAUUCAGUUUAAUUAUCUUCAGGGCUGGAGUCGGAAAGCGAAAGCCCUAGACACUUGUGGAAUGUUUGCCUAGUUACAGGUAUUCAUUGUUUGGUGUGUCCCUCCUCUUUGCUGGCAUGUCCCUCUCAAGUCUACGUACCAAAGGACGUUCCAGUCUGUUGAAAGCUCCGCAACCAAAAAGAGGAAUCAUAAGUAUUUCUAAUACCCUUCCCGGCCUGUACCCGCACCCACACACUGGACAGCACCACACCAGCAGCUAAACCCGUGCUCAGGGCACUUCUGUAACUGCCAGGGUGUGGCACGAAUUCUUCCCCUAAGCAGCAACUUUCAGACCAGGAGUUGUUCAGUAACACAGAGUUCAGCAAAAUUGUCAGAUUUUUUUAACGUGCAAAAUUUGAAACUGAGUCAGGCAAAUGAUCAACUUUCUUUUGCUUUUAAUAUACUUUGUUAUGUAUUUACUAGUACAUUCAGAAUAAAGCAAGAUAAGACCUCAUAAUACUGAUGGGGAGAGAAAAACUAGCUCUCAGAUUUAAAUAGGCUCAAUGUAAACAUUGUAUGAUUCUUUAGCAUGCUCUGCUCAUGAAAAAUGUUAAGGUAUGUAGGAGAAAACGUGAGUUGAUAAAUUGUGAUAAUGAAGAAUAAAAAUAGAAUGUUCCUUUCUGAAAAUGUAGGGCUCUGUCAUGUAAUAGUCUUCUAUUUUUAGAACCUGUAGUUGCUCUGAGUCCCACCAGAAACCUUUUGGUUCUGUAAACCUGUACAUGAUGUUCAUUAUUGUGCCCAUUACAGUGUUCAAAACGCUGACAGGUUUUUGUGUGUAUAGAGUUGAAACGUUUUGUUCACGCAUGCGUCUGAUAUUCAGCAUCCACAUUUACCUGUAAAAAAAUACCCUACCACUUCCUCUCCACACCUAAGGCUUCCUCUCUUUAAAACCAACAGUAGUUUCUAUGGAAGUUUCGCUGAGGAACUGUGGUUACAGAAAUAACAGAUACAGAUUUUGCUGUGGUCAGUUUUUUCCCCCUAGAAUUCCUAAUAUCUCAAAUUUUCAAAGGAAAUGUAUCCUAUGUGAUUUUGAGAUUAAUUUUUCUCUAUUUUGAGGUAUACCUUCCUAAUUAUAUUUUAGGUAGGUUAAUAAAAAAAAUGUUAAAUUCUUACUGUUAAGGCCCAUUAAAAGCCAGUUUAGAAAUGUUUUAAUUGCUGUCAUUACUUGACAUGUGGAUUAUGAACAAAUCCAAAUUUUCUGUGUGACAUAUAAUUACUUUCAAAUUGUAACAAUUCAUAAAUUUGUCAAAUUUUAAAGACAAAUGCUUCUCCUCUUUAGUGUUGAUAACGUUGUGGUUUUAUUUCUGAGAAUAGAGUUGGUUUGCUGUGCUGACUUCAUGCCUGUCAUUCCAAAGGUUUGAUUGUAUUUAUUCUUUUUUUCCAAAGAUGAAAAAAUGCAAUGAAAAUCCAACUUACAAGGACAUAUAUUGAUAUUUCUAGACAUGGUCUAGUUCUAAAAGAAUUUACUUGGUUUGCAUUUUUUAAGCGUUUCGUGUAGCCAGAUUAAUAUAUUUUUAUACAACACUGUAUUUCUACAUUUAUUUCAAGACUGUUUUCAGUGACUUUUUCAGGUACCUGUGUUAACAGAAGGUUGUUUGGAACGAGUGUGUGGUGGCCUCUGUUAUGGAGUCAGAGUGUAAAACGUGACUGGAAAGCGAGAGUGUGCUUAUGCUGUACACUGAGGCCUAGUAGCUGUUUUCUAAAGCUUUGUACAUUUUUUCCAUGAAACAGAUUAAAUAUUUUCUCUCUAAAGCCA